AAAUGAGUAUAAAAGCCCACAAAGAUUUGCUAUGAUAUCAGUAUUGAACAGAGAUUAAUAGAAGUCGGAACAAUGAACUAUAAAAUUUGCUACGUAUUCGCGUUGGCCAUCUUCGACGCAGCCAUUAUACCAGCCGCCUUAUUAGAGAUGCCAGAGCCCUUCCUCGUGCCAUGUGACUUCGGAGACCUUGGAUGUCUGAAAUUAUCCACGAAUUUAUUUUUGAGUCAAACCUAUAAAGGGAUACCCUCCAUAGACAUAUUACCUAUCGACCCUUUAUCCAUAUCUGGAGUGGACGUUCCAUUUCCGGGUGAUAAUUUGGUGUACUCGAAUAAAAAUAUUACUGUGCUUGGGUUGGCAAAUCAGGCAUUGGUGGCGCUUGAGAUGGAUCUUAAAACUCGUUCGGUAGCGCUCUCGACAUCUGCCGAUGUAUACAUAAGCGGCGACAUCAAUCAGGUGUACCGCAAUCUGGGAAGGAGCGUGGCGGGACAUUUCAGGACAUCUGGAAGUGUGUUAUGCACAGCUUUAUACAAUUACACUUUUGCAAGGGACGGCAUGGAAGUUGAACAUUAUGUGGUCGGCCCCGAAACUAAUUCCUGCGAAGUUUUCGAAACUCCGGUGGUUUCGUUCAGUUCUCCGUUGGCGGAAAUGUGCAACGAUACAUUUUGUCCAGAGGAGAUAAAACAGUUGUGGAAAACGAAUUUCAGCAAAAUAAUGGAGAAAGCGUACGUCACUGUCAUUCACAACAUCAGGGCGGCUGCUAAAGUCCUACCUGCGACUGCGUUCUUUAAAAACCCGCAUGGAAAUGGAAAUUAAUAAAAUCUAUAAUUUAGUAUAGCUUACUAUU